GCACCAAGUCACCCACCAACAGGAGCCACUGCGGGCGUGCAAGGCAGAUCUGUAGCCUAGCCGCCUAGCGUGUCGCGAACCAGUCAACAGGCACCAUCAAAGGCUGGAUCCUCUAAUAGGAAGCCACUGUUCACAUCACGCUCAGGCCUCAGGGCAGCUUGUCACACACAGCCUCAUCUUCAAGUGCAAAACAAGAAACUCCCCCUCCCCUCCGUCCCUCUUCUCAAAAGAAAGCCUAUCUACCAAAUAAUGCCUCUUUCUAAUCUGCACGAGCAAACCUGCAGCACUAUUUCGCCCGCAAUAACACUUCUCUGUGCUGCUCAUGAACCUGAGCUUGAACCUGAAGCCACUUAGCUCCUGCUCCUCCCAAGCCCACCUCCGCUUUCACCAUGUCGAAUCAGACCAUCUUGAGAAUAUCACGAGAGAUUACCCAGAUCCAACAAGGCAGUGACCUGUCCAUCGCUGUCGCUUGCCAGGAGAAAGACGUGCGCCACGUCAAAGCCCUCAUCAUCGGUCCCCACGGCACCCCCUACGCCUACGGCUUCUUCGACUUCUCCGUUCAUUUUGGGUCAGAGUAUCCGAGUAAACCACCCAAAGUCGAGGCAAGAACCACAAAUGCAGGUCGCACGAGAUUCAACCCGAACAUCUACGCUGGUGGGAAAGUUUGCUUGUCAAUUUUGGGCACAUGGCAUGGAGAGAGACCGGGUGAAGAGUGGUCUUCCGCACAAGGAUUGGAGUCGAUAUUGUGGUCCAUUCAGAGUCUGAUGAGUAACAAUCCAUACGAAAAUGAACCUGGGUACGAGAAUGCCAGGGGUACAGAGGACAAAAGGAUGAAUGAGCUGUACUGUUCCAAGAUUCGUCACGAAACUCUCCGGGUAGCCGUCAUCCACAAGCUUGAGGAGGCAUUGGGCAUCCAGCCAGACGGCUCAUUGGCCACUCCUGCGCCUACCACGGCCCAGUGGGGCUCUGAAGAAGAAGACGACGACGACGACGAAGGGAUCAGAGAAGACCCCCUUGAGGUCCAAAUCAAGCUCAAAUUCUCACCUUUUAGAGAUCUCAUCAAACGGCGGUUCCUGUGGUACUUUGAACACUACAUGUGCACCAUUGAAGAAUAUACACCCAAAAACAAGGAUGGCUCCGACUUCGUGAAGAUGCCCUUUGAAGGUACCGGAAACGGCAUGGAAGGGAAAUUCCGAUACAGCGAGCUGGGCAGAAGAUUGGUACGGAUCAAAGAGGUGCUUCGCACGGAGACCGACAACUGGGCGGUUGAGGGAUUGGCGUUGAAGGAGCGAGAGGCGACCAAGGCAGCAGCAGUCCAACGACAAUUCGAACAGUUGGCAGACUACAUGACGCGCAAGAAGCUGCACAACGUGGAUGUUAAGCUGGAGAACGGUAACCCAUUUGUCUGGAUCAUGACCUAUUUCGGCAAACCCAGCACCCAUCUGGACGGUGGAAUCUUCAAACUCCGAAUUGCAGUGAGUCCUCGGUUUCCAACUGAACAGCCUCGCGUCAAGAUGGAAACACCCAUCUAUCAUCAUAGGGUGUCCAAGGACGGCGUGGUAUGCUAUUUCUCCAAGGAAGCAGACCAGUUACGGAAUCACAUUGAGAGUAUCGUUGAAGCAUUGGAGGAGGAAAGCCCACCGUAUGACCCCCGGACGAUUGUGCAUCCAGAGGCGACCAAGUUGCUUUGGGGCAGCGAAAGUGAUAAGAAGAGAUAUUUCCGGCAGCUCAGGAGAUCGGCACAGAAAACAACAGAGGAAGGAAUGGAGAUGUGAGACGCACAUUCUAAGCGCUGGCCGGACCUCGAGAGUCGAGCAGCUAUUGUGGCUGAAGUCGAUGUUGAGAGAGGAUCCAAGAUUGAGAUGAGAAAUGUCAAUCCAGAAUGCGAAAUACGGGUCAUUUUCUUUUCUGCAGCAAGCAUGGGAGUCGGGGGGUGAUGGGGAUUCGCAGACAUACUCUGUAUACUCGAAAAGAACCAGGACCAUCAGAAUGGCGAGCGGGGGCUAGGCUGGGCCGGAUUUGGCGGUUAUGAAGCAGCAGUCACCAUAUUCGUCUUCAAUACCAUGCCGCGACAGGGCUCUUGAUUCUGGCGUGUUGAUGUUAAAGACAUGAAAGGCUGGUCGGAGAUGUGCUGUCCUCUCUGCUACAGUUGAAACUUCAGUUUGCUGUCGCUUUGUGUGAGGACUGCCUUUCCCUGUUGGUUGUUUGCCUUGUCUAUUGUCCUUUGAGAAGUCAUUGAAAUCGCAGAAGUCGAUUCUGGGGGGUUUCUAGCAGAUCGAACGAGGAUGCAAGGCUACGACACCACGACU